AUGGGCACGAACAGCAAAGUCGAAGGGGCGAGAGCUCGCAAGAGCGCCACCGAGGUCGACCACAAAAACCGCGAGGCUCACAAGAAGGAAGAGCAGUACUGGCGCGAUGCCGAAGACACCAAGUCUCACGCCUCCAAGAAGCACCAUGAGGAUAUCAAGAAGCGCACCAAGGCCACUGCACAAAAAGCCAAGGCUUGUUGCCUGGCCGAGCACGAAGAGAAAAGCCUCGAGAAGUCACUAAAGAAGCUAGAUAAGAAGGCUAGCCAUAUCUCUAUCCUUGUUCCUAAAGUCACCGAGGCAGAGCCUUUUAUUGAUUGA